UCCCUCACUAUAUAACAGUGACCAAGCAAAUCAUUCAGCACACACUUCUAGACCAGAUUUUGUGUGAGAAGAUACUCUGAAGAAUGAGGAUCCUGAUGUCUCUGUUGCUGCUGGUGCUGUUCUGCUCUCUUCAGCUGACUUCAAGUGCUCCUCAUGCACUUGAAUCAUCAUCAUGCUGUGUCCAGUUCUAUAAAAAUAAAAUUCCUUUGAAGCUGGUGGUGUCUUUUUACAGGACCAGAAGCAACUGUCCCAUAUCAGCUAUUGUGUUUCGAACUGCUGCUGGAAGGGAGUUCUGUUUAGAUCCAGACAGCAGCUGGGUGAACAGCCAUAUUGCAAAAGUGAACAGCAGAACAACAACCGCUACUACAACAAAGACUCUAAGCACUACAGUAUAAAUACUGUUUCUUCCUCAGUAGUAAAUGGGGGAAAAGUUCAUAAUUAUUUCUAUUUCUGUAGAGCGAUUAUUUAUCAUGCUUUUAUUAGAAUAAAUGUUAGAAAUAUUUAAUUUGUUUAAAUUAUAUGUCAUUGUACACCAGCUGCAUCAAAAGCAGUUUUCUGUAUAUCUAAAUUAAUGUAAAGUUGCAUUGUUGUGUUUUGUGGACUUUAACAUGUCUUUUUUAUAAUAAAAGUGAAUUUUUAAAGUU